GGGUAUCUUUGCCAAAUACUAUGACCAUCAUAACGCUAGUGAUGGAGGAGCUCCGUCAUGUACACGUGGAAGUGUGCUUGAAGCAGGAAAGCGUUGCUGACUACGAGCAAGUGGGUGCAGCCGUCGCGGAAUAUCUCGGUGCUACCCGCUCGCUUAUCGCGAAAGGCUCUAUCGUAUUACCUGUGGAGUUUGAGCUCGCAGCACAUGUGGAUCGGAUCGAUGUGACGGACUUUGAUGGCGAUGAGAUCAAUGAGACUGGCGUCCCGAAAUCAGAAGCUCAUUUGUUCGUGCAUGUGUUCAAGCUCAGCGAUGAACCUCCUGCAGAGGAAACGGCAGACGACGAGGAUGUCACGACUUGCCAGCAAACGAUCCUUCCUGCUAGCAGCUUUGACGGACUUUGGGACUCGCUGAUCUUCGACUCAGCAGUAAAGCGGAAUGUGCUGGACUAUGCUAUGACUGCGAUGCUAUUCUCAGACUCCAAAGUGAACCCGCAUAUCAUAUCGUGGAAUCGAGUUGUGUUGCUACACGGCCCACCGGGGACUGGCAAGACAAGUUUGUGUAAGGCACUGGCCCACAAACUAAGCAUCCGUCUCUCAUCUAGGUACCCAAACGCAGUGCUGUUGGAGAUCAAUGCCCACAGCUUGUUCAGCAAGUGGUUUUCAGAGAGUGGGAAACUCGUGAUGAAGCUUUUCCGUCAGAUUCAGGAACUGGUAGAAGAUGAAGAGUCAUUGAUUUGCGUGUUGAUCGAUGAGGUGGAGUCACUCACGGCAGCGCGAAAAUCUGCUUUAAGCGGAUCAGAGCCGUCCGACGCUAUUCGCGUGGUUAACGCGCUGCUUACGCAGUUGGAUUCAUUGAAGCGACACUCGAAUGUGCUGAUCCUUACCACGUCAAACAUCACCGAGGCAAUCGACGUGGCAUUUGUCGACAGAGCUGACAUCAAACAGUACGUAGAGCGAUAUGGCCGCUGCAUGAUCGGACGAGUUCGCUUAUUAUCAUUGUCAGGUAUAUCGGACUUCCGUCGGGCCAUGCGCGUUAUGAAAUUUUGCGGAGCUGCAUUGAAGAACUUCGACGGGUGGGAAUACUGAAGCCCAGUACGCAGCCUCUGUUUGCCUACCAAGAAUUAAUGAGAAGAAAAGCGUCGAGGAAGCGAAUGGUGGACCAAAUGACAUGCCCGCCAGGUGGUGAAAAUGGCAAUGAAGACCUCGAAUUGUCAUUGGAGUUGCUACAGGCUGCAGAAAUGGCCGAAGGGUUCAGUGGCCGAGCACUGCGCAAGCUGCCGUUCCAGGCACACGCUUUCUUUGUUCAGACGCGAACUGCUACUGCUUCCGAGUUUAUUCAUCAUCUGAUGCAGACCAUCCAGCGUGAAAAGGAGCAGAACCAACAAUUAACGUUAGGAUAGAUCAUAGAAGCAGUGUUCCUGUUCGGAAAGUAGCAGCAAAAGCAAUAAAACUUCGUCGUUCCUCGAAAG